UACUGGUAGCCAGAUUUUGUUCAUUUUCAUAUGCAUUCAUUACUGCAUCCCCUUUCCCUCCCAGCACCGUCUUUCCUUACCUGUCCGGAGGAGGCCGUAGAGCCUUUUCAUCUUCCAGCUUUUCCCAGGCGGUGUCACACUUUUUGGGUCCUCCAGCCCUGCUCCGUGUCACGGAGGAAUCCUCCCCAGGGCGCAAAGCUGGUGCGAUUGGUUCCGGCGGAAUAGUGAGGGCUCCCCCUAGCGGCCUCUUGGAAAUGGACAGCUCAGCCUCCUUCAGUGAAAGGAAGCUGAAACUCUUUCUUUUUUGGUUGUUGUUUAAAGUCCAGAAGGAUCUCAGUCUAGAUAAAAGAAACCGAAAGUCCUUCGCAGCCCUGCCUCUGCCUGGGGCCAUGGCUGAUGCGGCUGCUCUCCAUCUGGAUAAAAACUUGCAGGAUGAGCUGACGUGUUGCUUUUGCUUGGACCUCUUCAGCAGCCCAGUGCUGAUCGCCAGGUGCUCGCACAACUUCUGCAGAGAAUGCAUCCUUCAGCACUGCAAGAAGAUGGCAGGCGAGGCCUCCUGCCCCAAGUGCAGGGGGAAGCUCCAUCCCAAGGACUUGGUGGACAACCGCUCCCUUGCCAACGUCGUGGAGAUUAUCCAGCAGAUGAAGAAGGCGCCAAGAAAGGAGGACUGUGGCCAGGAAGGCAUUGCGCCCACCCUGGGAGAGGUCCAAGGAGGCAGUGGGUCAGCUGGGCCUCUCCAUCAGCUCAAGGAUACAGUGAAACUAAAUGUACUCCCCCAAGAAAUAGAAAAGACACUUGAAGCAAUUGCUACCUGGAAUAAGGAUAGCGCUGAAAUGAUGCAUUAUGUAUCUCAUGUCAAGAGUUCAAUAGCAGAAGCCUUCAACUUUGUGAAGACAUACAUCAACGACCAAGAAAAAAUGGUGCUGAAUGUUAUUGAAAAAGAAUAUGUUGCAGCUCAGCAAAAAAGAGACACGAUGAGUGAACAGCUCGUGGUCAGAAUUGAUCAGCUUUUGGAAUUGCAAAAAGAUACAAUGAAGAACACCUCAUUGGAAGAAAAAGUUACCAUUGGUGAUCCUAUCAAAGUGAAUGAAGUUACUUUUUCUGUUCAGAAAAUUAAUAGUAUUGCAAGCACAGUAGAAGAGUUCAAAAGGAAUCUGGAAAAGUUAGUUGUUGGGAAUAACUCAGCACAACCAAAUGAGUCUACUCUAGGAACAAGCCAAAGCCAAAGCCAAAUGGAUGUAGCAGAGGAUGAGGCAGCCUCCACAAGUGAUUCCUCACAGAGCCAAAAUUCACUUCUGGAAUCUGUCUGCUCUUCUCCAGUAAUGACAUCACCUACAGACAAGCCAUUACUAAUUGUUUCAAGUCGGUUUUCUCAAUGGGCAGCUGAUGUGGUCUUUGAUCUCCAGAGAAUCAAUACCAGACUUGAACUUUCAGAGGAUAAAAGGAAGGUGAUGGUUUCCCGUUUUCCUCCAAAAUACGAACGUUCUGCAAAGAGAUUCCGCAUCAGCCAGGUGAUGGGAUCCCCGGGGUUUUCAGAAGGGUGCCAUUAUUGGGAAGUCAGCACCAGAUACUCUACUGGAUGGGCCAUUGGUCUUACCCACAAAGAAAUUGGGAGCUGCGACAAGCUAGGGAGAACGGGGCUGUCCUGGUGCAUAGAAUGGUCCAAUGGGCGGCUCUCAGCAUGGCAUGGGAACCAGGAGACGCACAUUUGCCAUGAAAAACCUCUACAGGUUGGAGUUUUUCUUGACAUUCCAAGAAACUGUGCAUCCUUUCACUCUCUCACAGAUGAAGAAACUUGCUUACACACUUUUGAAAUCAACGUUGCAAAGACUGUCUACCCUGCUUUUUGGAUAUUUGGUAUGGAGGUAGGUCGAUCCUUAACGAUAAACAACAUCAGACAGUGUUGAGACAGAGUGGUGCUGUAAAUGUUUUCACACAUGCUCCUUCCACCCCUUCAAGUUCUGGUAACUGUUUAAUUACGAGGGUUGAAUAAAAAGUAAUGCCUCCACCUUCGUAACUCCUCAACCGAUGGCAGUACUGGUAUGCGGCAAGUACUGGUUUGUUCAGUAGAUUCUCCUCUACAGUUCCAUUUGGUGGGAAGCCUUAGCAUUGAACAGUUGUGUUGUUAAAUUGCAAAGCAUGGAACCCUGCGCAGACAGUUGGGCAAUGCGACUUAAGCAACAUGCAGUGAUUGAAUUCUUGACAGCAGAAGGUGUCACCCCAAAGGAGAUUCAUCAGAGAAUGCAAGCUGUUUAUGGUUAUUGUGUUGUUGUGAGUACUGUGCAUCGUUGGGAGUAAAUUUAGAGAUGUUGAGGUGGGAACAUCUGACUUGCAUGACAAACAAAGAGUUGGACAUCCUGUGACAGUAACCACCGAGUUUCACAAGCAAAAGUUUGACAGGUUGAUUCAAGACGAUCAUCGUAUCACUCAGAGAGAAAUUUCAAGCAUAAUCGGCAUUUCACUAGAACGUAUGGGUGACAUUAUUGCUUUGCUUGACUAUUGGAAGAUCUGUGCACAAUGGGUACCCAGGAUGCUGACACCUGAAAUGAAAGCACACAGACAUGAAAUUUGCCAGGAACUCUUCUCGCAUUACAAGAAUGUAGAUGACACCUUUCUCCUUUGGGGUGACACCUUCUGCUGUCAAGAAUUCAAUGACUACACGUUACUUAAGUCGCAUUGACCAACCGUCUGCGCAGGGUUCUAUACUUCGCACUUUAACAACACAACCACUCAAUGCUGAGGCUUCCCGCCAAAUGGAACUGUAGAGUCUACUGAACAAGCCAGUACCUACCGCAUACCAGUACUGCCAUCUGUUGAGUUACGAAGGUUGAGGCAUUACUUUUCAUUCAACCCUCAUAUAUUAAAAAUAAUUCUCUAUCUUUCCCUACUGCAAACAACAGUUCUCCUUAAAGAAGGUGACUUAAACCAUUUUUAUUAAGGGAGGAAAUGUUGGGAUGCCAAUUUUCCACUAAAUUUUGAAAAUUAAUACACUGUACUGUAAAAUAAUAUACAGUAAAUUUAAAUACUUUACCAAAGUAUCAGAAUCUUACAUUUCCAAGUAUUGGAAAGCUGUUUAAAAUAUGAAUAUAAGUUAAUUUGGGAAGAUCAGUAAUGAUGUUGGCAAAAACAACAAUUUCCUAAAGGUUUUCAUUCUUCUACAGUAAAAAUAACAUUCUUGAAAUCAGGGUCUAUUCAGGCAUGAGCAAACUUCAGCCCUCCGGGUGUUUUGGACUUCAGCUCCUAGAAAUCCCAGCCAGCUUAAUGACUGUUAGGAAUUCCACAAUUGAAAUCCAAAACACCUGGAGGGCCAAAGUUUGCACAUGCCUGGCUGGUAAUUCAGUCAUCAGAAUGUCUCAAAUUGCUCGGAGUUCCAAACUAUUGUGACAGUAACAUUGUCAAUAAGCAAGCAAGGUCCUUCCAACUCUUUUCUGUCGUGAAGUAAAUAGAUCUCCUUUAUUAGUAGUUAAAAACUGACAGUUUGUCCAGAACUCCCCAUAUCACCUCACAUUUUAUUUUCUUGGUUAUAAAUAAGUUUUCAGUCACACAAGUCUUACUGUAAGGAGCAAUCAUAUACCACUAAAAGGAAGUAGGGUCUUUUGAAAGACAUACACUUGAAGGUGGGCUUGGAUAAUACAUUUUGGACCCUAGUUUACAUCAACCUUAAAUAGUCUGGCUUUUGACAAGGUACGGGAGAAGCUAUAGUCCAAUACUCACUAGGCCACAGGUUCCCCACCUAAGGGAUUUUAGAAUAAGUUGACUCUUUUGAAAAUGCUGUAUGCUGAAUUAUUUGGUAAAUAUAUACUCGGUAAACAUGAAUUAUCGUAGGUACCAAGUUAAAAUAUAUUUCCAUAUUCUGUGCCUAGCAUUUAUGCUGUACUAUUACCACUGGGGCAGAAGUCAUGGUGUCCUCCUGAUGUUAAUUAACUGCAUAUCCCAGUAGUCCUGCCCAGUAUAGUCCAGUAUGGUGACAAAUGCUGGGAUCUGCUAUGUAACAACAACUGGAGGGGCACAUGAUUUCCAUCAAUUCUGAAGGAGUGCACACAACCUGUAGAAUGAAGGCAGUUUGACACCACUGUAGCUGCCAUGGCUCAAUGCUAUGGAAUUAUGGGAAUUGUAAAAACAAGAACUUUGGCCUUUUCUUUUCCAAAAGUGCUACAUUUCCCAAGAUUUCAUAGCACUGUGGCAUGGUUAUGACAUAAACAAGCCUUUGACCAUGUUUAGUGAUUAUGACCUUAAUCACUAUAUUCGAGGACUUAGUGAUUUGCUUCACUUCUGCACUUUAUGGAGCUGAUAUCGUACACAGCCGCUAUUUUUGUAGCCUGCUGGGUUUUAUAGUAUCUUUUUAAUUAAUUGGGGUUUUAUUGCUGUUUUAAGUAAAAUUGGGCUAAUUUUAUUGUUAUUAAUUUUUAUCUUUUUGUAUUUCCUUGUAUUUGUGAACCGCCCCAAGUCCCUUCGGGGAGGUGGUGGCAGGAUACAAAUAAAGCUCUAUUAUUAUUAUUAUUAUUAUUAUUAUUAUUAUUAUUAUUAUUAUUAUUAUUUUAUUAUGACACAGCAAACAAGAUAGAUAUGCUGGAUUUCGUAUCACAAAAUCACAAGCCGAACACUUCCCAAGUGUCUAGGACUGUGUGAUGUAUUUUCGGAUGAUGCGUGCAGAUCCCAGUAGGGUGGCCUUUUGCAGUUGGCAGAUCGUAAUUUUGUCAAUGUCUAUUGUUUCCAAAUGCCGGCUGAGAUCUUUUGGCACGGCACCCAAUGUGCCGAUCACCAACGGGACCACCUGCACUGGUUUCUGCCAGAGUCUUUGAAGUUCAAUCUUGAGGUCCUGAUAGCGGCUGAGUUUUUCCUGUUGUUUUUCGUCAAUGCAACUGUCACCUGGGAUGGCAACAUCAAUGAUCCAAAUCUUUUUCUUUUCCACAACUGUGAUGUCUGGUGUGUUGUGUUCCAGAACUUUGUCAGUCUGGAUUCGGAAGUCCCACAGUAUCUUUGCGUGCUCAUUUUCCAAUACUUUUGCAGGUUUGUGAUCCCACCAGUUCUUUACUGCUAGGAGGUGGUACUUGAGGCAUAAGUUUCAAUGGAUCAUUUGGGCCACAUGGUUGUGCCUCUGUUUGUAGUCUGUCUGUGCGAUUUUCUUACAGCAGCUGAGGAUAUGAUCAAUGGUUUUAUCGGUUUCCUUGCACAGUCUGCAUUUUGGGUCAUCAGCUGAUUUUUCAAUCUUGGCCUUAAUUGCAUUUGUUCUGAUGGCUUGCUCCUGGGCUGCAAGGAUCAGGCCUUCUGUCUCCUUCUUCAGUGUCCCAUUUGUGAGCCAUAGCCAGGUCUUCUCCUUAUCAGCUUUUCCUUCAAUUUUGUCAAGGAACUUUCCAUGCAAUGUUUUGUUGUGCCAGCUGUCAGCUCUAGUUUGUAGUGCAGUUUUCUUGUACUGAUUUUUUGUCUGCUGUUGUUGUUGUUGUUAUUAUUAUUAUUAUUAUUAUUAUUAUUAUUAUUAUUAUUAUUAUUACAGUUGUGUCAAACUGCAAGAAUUCUACAGUGUAGAUGCACCCUAGGUGGUGUUUUAUAGUCUCUGAUGCUUGUUUUUAUACCAAGAGCCAUAAAAUUUUUCUUUAGAAAUGGAAAAAUAUACUGAUACAUUAAUGAGCUUUUUAAGGUGUAUCUCUAUGUGUUGUCAAGUUGCCUAUAAGUUUCAUGGGGUUUUCUUAGUCAGUAAUCCUCAGUGCCAUUCUUCCACUGCAAUUUUUAGCCUGCUGCACUUGGAAUUUUUUGCUGGACUCCUCUAUCAAAUAAAGUACUAAUCCCAAUUGACCCUUAGGUUCCAAGCUCAAAUGGGAUCUGGUGCCUUCAGCAUAUUUAGUUAUGAAUUACUUGGCCUCAUAUGCAGUAUUACAGCUGUGAUCAGUAUUAGACCUCAGGGAUGCCAAAAGAUGGUACGACUUUUGAAGGUUUCAGAGAUCUUCUGAAGUGAUAAAUAAAAGUUUGGAAUGUGGGUCAGGACUGAAUAAACAAAUCUUUGCUUCAGCGUGUUUACACUAUUUUUGUCCUGUUUCUGUCAUAAGUGAUUUCAAAGCAGCCAGCUAACACUAGAGGCAUACAAAAUCCUUUGCAAAUUCUAUCAAUAAAAGUGCUUUAUUUUU